CCCUAGAUACAAGCCGUCCUGCGGUUAGUUAGUAUUGUUUCCCGCUACGUAUCGCUUCCAAAUCGUUAAAUGAGUGGCAUUUUUCUAAAUUAUCAUCGUUAAAAAACAACAUUCCGUAGUUUGAACUAGCAAUUUGUGUAAAACAAGCACUAUGUCGAAAAUUGAAGAAGGCGGUGAAACCGCUGACACAGGUGAAAAUUCGAAUGCUUCAUCUUCGGACACCCUCUCGUCGCGUGGGAAAGGUGAAGACUUUGAAACAAAACUCGAAACGGACCGAAGCCGACGUUUCGAUUUUUUACUCAAACAAACCGAGAUUUUUUCUCACUUUAUGAACCAAAACAAAACUCCUUCUAAACCGAAAUCGGGCCGCCCCAAGAAAAUCAAGGAAGAUCCAGUGGCUGAUCACCGCCACCGCAAAACUGAACAAGAGGAAGAUGAAGAACUCUUGGCUGAAAGCAAUGCCAAGGCCAAACCAACGAUUCGGUUUGAUUCGUCACCGAUUUUUAUCAAAAAUGGGGAGAUGAGGGACUACCAAAUCCGGGGCUUGAACUGGAUGGUAUCUCUGUAUGAGAAUGGAAUAAAUGGGAUUUUGGCUGAUGAAAUGGGUCUCGGGAAGACUCUCCAGACGAUUUCCUUGUUGGGUUUCAUGAAACAUUACAAAAACACGCCGUCACCUCAUAUUGUAAUUGUCCCAAAGUCAACUCUAGCCAAUUGGAUGAACGAAUUCAAGAAGUGGUGUCCUAGCAUACGCGCCGUAUGUCUUAUUGGGGACCAAGAGGCUAGGAAUGCUUUUAUUCGGGAUGUAAUGAUGCCGGGCGACUGGGACGUCUGCGUAACAUCCUACGAAAUGGUAAUUAAAGAAAAAUCAGUUUUCAAGAAGUUCAAUUGGCGCUACAUGGUAAUUGAUGAGGCCCACCGUAUUAAAAACGAGAAAUCUAAGUUAUCAGAAAUUCUCCGCGAAUUUAAAACAACAAACCGUCUCCUUCUUACCGGUACCCCGCUACAAAAUAAUUUACACGAACUUUGGGCUCUCUUAAACUUCUUACUCCCUGAUGUUUUUAACUCUGCUGAUGAUUUUGACGCUUGGUUUAAUACAAACCAGUGUUUGGGUGAUAACCAACUAGUUGAACGUUUGCAUGCUGUAUUAAAACCGUUUCUUUUGAGACGUCUUAAAUCCGAAGUUGAGAAAAAAUUAAAACCGAAAAAAGAACUCAAAGUUUACGUCGGUUUGAGUAAAAUGCAACGCGAAUGGUAUACUAAAGUCCUAAUGAAGGAUAUUGACAUAGUAAAUGGGGCUGGUAAAGUCGAAAAAAUGAGGUUGCAAAACAUUCUCAUGCAGUUGCGUAAAUGUUCCAACCACCCGUAUUUGUUUGAUGGGGCCGAACCAGGACCACCAUAUACCACCGACGAACAUUUGGUCUAUAACUGCGGAAAAAUGGUACUUUUAGAUAAGCUUCUACCCAAAUUGAAAGAACAAGAUUCAAGGGUUUUGAUUUUUUCACAAAUGACACGAAUGUUGGAUAUUUUGGAAGAUUACUGCCAUUGGAGAGGGUAUCACUAUUGUAGAUUAGACGGGCAGACGCCCCACGAGGAUCGUCAACGUCAAAUCAAUGAAUAUAAUGAACCAAACAGCUCGAAAUUUAUUUUUAUGUUAUCUACAAGAGCCGGAGGUUUGGGUAUUAAUUUGGCAACAGCAGAUGUGGUUAUUAUUUAUGAUUCCGAUUGGAACCCUCAAAUGGAUCUCCAAGCCAUGGACAGAGCACACAGAAUUGGUCAAAAGAAACAAGUGCGUGUCUUCAGACUUAUUACCGAAAAUACAGUCGAGGAAAAAAUCGUAGAACGGGCCGAAAUCAAAUUGAGACUAGACAAAUUAGUAAUACAGCAAGGACGUCUAAUUGACAACAAAUCCCAGUCUUUAAAUAAAGACGAAAUGUUGAACAUGAUUCGACACGGAGCCAAUCACGUCUUUGCAUCAAAAGAUUCAGAAAUCACCGACGAAGAUAUCGAUACAAUCCUACAAAAAGGCGAAGCAAAGACAGCCGAAUUGGCCCAAAAACUCGAAUCUCUUGGCGAAUCAUCUUUACGCAACUUCACUGUGGACACUCCAACCGAGUCCGUUUACAAAUUCGAAGGAGAGGAUUACCGUGAGAAACAAAAGAAUAUCGGUUUGAACACAUGGAUCGAGCCUCCAAAACGCGAAAGAAAGGCCAACUACGCCGUCGAUGCCUACUUCAGAGAAGCUUUACGCGUUUCUGAACCGAAAGCGCCCAAAGCGCCACGUCCCCCUAAGCAACCGAUCGUUCAAGAUUUUCAGUUUUUCCCACCAAGGCUUUUCGAGCUUCUGGACCAAGAGAUCUACUACUAUCGCAAAACGUUGGGGUACAAGGUUCCCAAGAAUUUGGAAUUGGGACCGGAAGCGGCCAAGCAACAGCGAGAGGAACAAAGAAAGAUCGACGAAUCGGAAAUGUUGACUGAGGAGGAACAGCAAGAGAAGGAGGCGUUGCUCACUCAAGGUUUCACCAAUUGGAGCAAACGUGAUUUUAACCAGUUUAUCAAAGCGAAUGAGAAGUAUGGAAGAGACGAUAUUGAGAAUAUCGCCAAGGAGGUUGAAGGCAAGACCCCAGAAGAAGUGAUGGAGUAUUCGGCUGUGUUCUGGGAGCGGUGUCAUGAAUUGCAAGACAUAGAUCGUAUCAUGGCGCAGAUCGAAAGAGGAGAAACGAAAAUACAACGCCGUGCUAGCAUUAAAAAAGCUUUAGAUGCGAAAAUGGCUCGGUAUCGGGCACCGUUCCAUCAACUCAGGAUCGCCUAUGGAACAAACAAAGGCAAAAACUAUAUGGAAGAUGAGGACCGCUUUUUGGUUUGUAUGUUACACAGGCUGGGAUUCGAUCGAGAGAACGUUUACGAGGAGUUAAGAGCUGCGGUCAGGGCUUCGCCCCAAUUUAGAUUCGAUUGGUUCUUAAAGUCUAGGACAGCAAUGGAGUUGCAAAGACGCUGUAAUACUCUCAUCACACUAAUAGAACGUGAAAACGCAGAAUUGGAAGAAAAGGAACGGAAUGAACGAAAGAAGAAAGUGUCAAAGUCCAACGCUAUAUCAGGAACACCGACCCAAGUUUCUUCAAAGGGUGGACAAAAACGUAAGAAUGACAGUACUGGAGGUGCAGCCGAGAAAAAGAAGAAGAAGAAAUGAGAAUUACUGUACUUUUAGGUUUUGGUAAUGUAUGAAAGUUUUGUGUGAAUGUUUGGUAUUUAUUACUUGAUGUAUUUGCAACCUCAAUAUAUUUAAGUACACCAGUCA